AUGGGCAAUCACAGCACAGUGACUAUGUUUGUUCUGUGGGGAUUUUCCAGUUUCCCAGAACUGCAGAAUCUGCUCUUCACUGUGAUUCUCCUCUCCCAUGUGACCAUCGUCUUAGCAAACGCAUCCAUCAUGGUGGCCAUCAAGCUCAAUCACAGCCUUCACUCUCCCAUGUACUUCUUCCUCUUUGCCCUGUCUCUUUCAGAAACCUGCACCACUAUGGUGAUCCUGCCCCGCAUGUUAGUAGACUUGCUGUCAGAGAGCAAGGCCAUCUCUCUCCCUGAGUGUGCCACACAGAUGUUUUUCUUCUUUGGCUUGGGAGGCAAUAACUGCUUCAUCUUGACUGCCAUGUCCUAUGAUCGUUACACCGCUAUCCACAACCCCCUGCAUUAUCCGCUCCUGAUGACCCAUAAGAUCUGCCUUCAGUUCAUCAUGGCCUCUGCUACGCUUGGCUUCUCAGUUUCUCUGUGUAUUGUUACCAUAAUAUUUACCUUGACUUUUUGCAACUCCAACAUCAUUCAACACUUUUUUUGUGAUAUAGAGCCUGUGGUCUCACUUGCCUGUAAUUACACCUUUUACCAGAAAAUGAUUCUCCUUGCAUUCACUGCCUUUACCUUGGUGGGUAGUUUUAUUUUGAUCAUGGUUUCUUACGUCUUCAUUGUGAGAGUAGUUGUGAAGAUGCCCUCUGCCAAAGGAAGGUAUAAGACCUUUUCAACGUGCUCAUCCCACUUCACCGUGGUGUUCAUCCAUUAUGGAUUUGCUUGCUUUGUCUAUCUGAGGCCCAAGAACAGUGACUCUUUCAGGGAUGACACACUGUUGGCAGUGACAUACACAGUUCUGACACCUCUGCUCAACCCCAUCAUUUACAGCCUAAGGAACAAAGACAUGCAGGCAGCCCUGAGGAAAGGCAUAGGCAGUAUAAUCAGGUUUUCCCCUCAAAUGAUCAAUAAAAGAGCCCAAAAGAUUUGA